UGCAUACAUACUUCAGAAAUUCAUUUGAUAACAAGCUGAUGGACAGUUUUAAGAGGGCGCAUGGGAUUGAAGUCCCUGAACAAAGCUCUGGUCAGAGUACAAAGAUUCUUCCAACACUUCAAAGUACAAAGUUAACUGUAGAAGAUCAUGCUACUCUUGGUAAAGAAAAGAAUAAAGAGAUUUCGAGUUUUGCUCAGAAUCAGGAUUUAGAGCAAUCUGUAAGACAAAGAAUUUCCAAAGUCUUUUCCAGGAUGCAGAUGAGCUCAAAUAAAUCAAAGUACCCGAAGAGGAGAGGUAAAAAGAGCCAAAACAAAUCUGAUAUUGAUGAGGUGAUAGAAUUAGCUAAAAUAAUCUCAAAAUUUUCAUCUAAAAUUUACAUCAAGAAGACACUCCAAGUCCAACAAGAAGCUAAGGAGAGAUCUUCAAGCGAAGAAGGGUCAACAGUAAUGAUGAAUGCUCGACAAGCGAAAUGUCGGAAGGCAUUCCAACUAGACUCUAAUUUUAGUCAAACUUAA